CAAAGUCUGUCUAGUGAAUUGAGUUUUUGGCCUUUCCCUCGUUCCUUCCACUUAAAAAUCCACUCAGAAAACCCUCGGCCUCAACGCUUCCCCGGCUCUCAGCCUUUUCCGCCGAGCUUCCCCGGCCUAAAAUCCAUUCUAGGCUAUUCUAGAAUUCGUCGGAGGACGGAGGAUGAUAAGCGCUUCUCUUAGAGGACGUUAUGACGGUGACGUAAGCGGCGCCAUUGGCACCGUCACCGUUGACGGCGGCGUUGUCAAGCUGAAAGCUAACAUGACCGAUGCCACCUUCGUCAAUGGCCCCUCCUUAGAAGGUCUUUCUCUCUCCCUUGAAAAACCUGGCUCUUUCCUUAUCGACUAUGACGUCCCCAAAAAGGAUGUGCGUUUUCAAUUCAUGAAUACUGUGAGUGUUUUGGAAAAGCCUUUGAACUUAACGUAUACUCAUUGGAGGGGAGACAAUAGAACUGCACUGGACGGGACGUUGGUGAUAGACUCGGCUAACAAAUUUUCGGCGAAUUACGGGUUUGAUUCUGGUAACUGCAAGUUAAAGUAUAGUUAUGUGCAUAGAGGCUUGACUACAUUCGAGCCAAGCUAUGAUUCUGCCAAAAAUUCGUGGGAUGUUGCCGUGUCACAGCGAGUGUACGAGGAUGAUGUGGUCAAGGCUUCAUAUCAAAGUUCAAGCAAGAUUUUGGGACUAGAAUGGUCUAGGAAUUCCAGUUUAAGUGGAGGAUUUAAGAUCUCUGCGUCUGUGAAUCUGGCAGAAGACUCCAAAUUUCCAACACUAAGUGCUGAGAGUAGGUUGAAUUUUGAUAUGUAGCUUGUAAACUUCUGCGAGAUUAUACUUCAGGUGCCACAUAUGGGCCAGCUUGGUCACGCAUACUGUUUUUGAAAUGAAUCAAAAAAGAAAGUUGCUGUCCUCUCAUUUGAAUAUUUCUCCAUUAAUGAAUAACAUCUCCCUUCUUGUGGCUACA